UGGGCGUUCAGGGGGAAAGAGGUGGAAUGGGGAUCCAGGGAGACAGAGGCAACCACGGGCAACAAGGACCAAAGGGCCCACUGGGGAAAGAAGGAUACUUAGGGCCAUCAGGGGACAGAGGGAAAGAAGGAGCUUCAGGACUUAAGGGCCAGCCGGGCAUCAGAGGCCCUACAGGUCUCGCUGGGCGUUAUGGACCAGGGGGCAACACCGGAAGAGGCCGUGCCAAGGGAGAGAAGGGGCUCCCCGGAACCACAGGGCCUCCUGGAAGGUUUGGGCCUACAGGCUUAGUUGGACCAAAAGGACCAACAGGUUUACCAGGAAAAAGAGGAGUCGAUGGAAAAAGUGGACUUGGUGGACUUAAGGUGUAAUGCACCAUUCAAUCU